AUGGAGACAGAAAUUUGUGGUUUGUUGAAAUUGGCUGCUUCUGCUUCUUGUAGGCAAGGUCCAGAAAGCAAGAACUGUGACAAUCUUGACAGUCAGUCAUGUGAACAUCUCCACAAUCUUGACAGUCAGUCAUGUGAACAUCACCACAAUCUUAACAGUCAGUCAUGUGAACAUCACCACAAUCUUGACAGUCAGUCAUGUGAGACUCACCACAAUCUUGACAGCAAGUCAUGUGAGACUCACCACAAUCUUGACAGUAAGUCAUGUGAGCCUCACCACAAUCUUGACAGUCAGUCAUGUGAACAUUGCCACAAUCUUGACAGCAAGUCAUGUGAGACUCACCACAAUCUUGACAGCAAGUCAUGUGAACAUCAUCACAAUCUUGACAGAGAGUCCUGUGAACCUGACCAGAAUCAUAGCCACAGUUGUGGAUGUAGUUGUAGAAGUGACCAGUGUUGUGAAUGUACCAGCUGUAUUCCACCAUCACCAAGUGAAACCUUGUUGGAGGAUCAAGUAACAGAAGAAGUGAUACAAAACUGGGAAAGAGAGCAGUCAGAAUACAGAGAGAAACUGGUUACUGAGGACACUGAAGAUAUCAUGUCCUGGUUGUCGGAGAACCCUGAGAGCAAAGAUGGCAAAGAGCUGUAUGUUGGUGGAGCAGACAUUUCUUUUAUCAAAGGAAACAGUGUUGAUGCAUGUUCGUGUCUCACCAUUGUGCGGGCGUCGUCAGAUUGUAGAGUUGUGUACCAGAGGAUAGAAAUGAUUCAGCUGACACAUCCCUACGUGCCAGGAUACCUUGCCUUCCGGGAAGUGCAACCAUUGGUUGAUCUCUACAAUCAGCUGAGAGUUGCUGCCCCUCAAUACCUUCCAGAUGUAAUUAUGGUUGACGGAAAUGGCAUUCUUCACCCUAGAGGCUUUGGCCUGGCCUGUCACCUGGGUGUUGUUCUUGGGAUGUCUACCCUGGGUGUGGCCAAGACUCUGAUUACAACACAAGGCAUUCAUGAUGACCAGGAUCAUAAGCUGAAGAAGCAGACCCUUAAACAGGCCGGGGACUUCUUUGAUCUGGUCUCAGACAGAGGAGCUGUUCUUGGCAGGUGUGUUCGAACCUGCGAUAAAGCACCCAAUCCAAUCUACAUUUCUGUGGGACAUAAUAUCACCCUGGAGUCGGCCACACAAAUUUGUCUACGCUGCAGCAAAUAUAGAAUCCCUGAACCUGUAAGAAAGGCAGACAUUGAUUCCAGAGAGUUUAUCAGACAGAAUAAAGUGGAGCCUUACGAAUUUAUUGCAAAAGGAUGA